ACUUCCAUAAACAUUAUUAAUUAAGAUUGUCGUGUUUUCUUUUUAUCGUUAGUUUACCGCACCAACAGCAGACGUUUCAAUAUCAUAAUAUUCCGUUCGUCCGCUGCUCUUCUUCCCGACAAUGAUGUACUGUAAUCGAGACUAUAAUGUUUUAUUCAAUAGCGGUGGCACAAGUAGUACGUACACGUCCGGCAAGUCAAAGUUUACCGAGCACGCUGCGGACCAUAUUUUAAAACGUGCCUCGUCGUUCGUGCACUACCACAUGUAUGACACGUACCGUCCGCUGCUUAACGAUGUGAACAUGAAGGGCUACAAUACUAUUGAGCGGAUCGUAAAAGAAACAUUUCCCAUCUGCAACAUCAAUAAGAUACGCCAAGUCCACGCCCCGCAAAUGUACGGCAUGUAUAUGUUGCGCAAAGAAGAAAUGAAAUUGACCUUUGGCCAAAGUGUCCAGGAGAAGUUGCUGUUCCACGUGACAACCGAAUCCAGAGCCGUGGAGUCGUUGGACAGCGGACUUGACUGGAGACGUACCCGCCGCUCCAAGUUCGGGUGCGGCGUAUCAUUCAGUGACGACAUCGACUACGCUAACUAUUAUGCUGACAAUACCUCCAUCGAAGACACACGAGUGAUCAUGAUAUGCUGCGUGGUGGUCGGCGAUACUUACGUGAUACCGAAGCAGAAGUUUGCGAGGAACCAGACGUUUGCGGGGAGCUCGUUGGUCGUACCGCCCGGUCUUGCGGACACGACGGUCAGCCACAACGGCCGCGUGCACGUCAAGUACAACGAUAACGAAUUUUAUCCACUGUACUUUGUGUACUACCAGCGAAGACCCGAACAAAUGACCAAGAGCAAAUAUUUCUGUGCCAAUCGCCGGGCGCAAUCGGACCAACUUCAGUUGGUGGAUUUACUGGGGGCUAUGAGUAUCUCCAACUAUAGACUGUAGUUGAUGUAUUAUUAAGAUUUCUGAUCGUUAUAUUACUAUAAUAAUUAUGUGUUAAACAUAAUUAUUGUUUUCCGGACAAAAAAUAUUGUCAUAAUAUAUAAUGUCUGAUAAUUACAUACACACUAAUAAUAUACUAUUCAGCGUUCCUAACGCACAUUGAUUUGUUUUGUACUUUGCUAUUCUUUAAUUUUGCCAUAAUUUAUUACCAUGGUUCACGAAUUUUUGGGCCAACCGUUUUUUUUUCUUUGUAUUUCGUUGCUGAGGUGGCGUGUUUUUUUUUUGUUUACAUUUUUAUUGACGCUUGUCAGUACCUAUAUUCAUUCUCGUCGUCAUAAUUA